AGUAACCGUUAUGGCUGCUGGAGAAGACGACGUGGAUUCUGGAGGCGAAGACAAUAUACUAUAUGAUCUAGCUGUGCUUGCAGAAUGGAAAUUCGACAACGAGAUAUUUACUCGCUGCCAGAAACGACAACCCUCGCCAUCAUUUAUUGGGCAACUAAGUGCUGCUGCUCAAAGAGGUACAUGGAGUUUCUUGAGGAAGCUGGGAUUGAAACCUUUGGAAGCAACUCCAUGUUUGCUCCCAGAGCCUCUCAUCAGUUUAAUAAGCAGUACUCUCCCUUGGCAUCUUGCAGUCAGCAGCUCUGGUUCUCUCGCAGCAGUACUACAAGAAAGCUCCAUUGAAAUCAGAUCACAUCGAGACGGCUUUGAGAGUGUUGUGGGACGUGGCAGCGUACCACCUGAUCCUCAUCCUCAGUGGCGUUGUCUGGCAUGGAGUCCAGAAGAAAGUAUGGUGGCCUGCUCUCGCUCCAGUGGUGUUGUUGAUGUCUUUGAUAUUGUUGGUACACUGCUCUUCACAAUAGGAAAGAGCGGUGUGGAAACCAGUGGAAUUUCCCAGGACCUCAGCUCUAGUGUUACAGCCCUUAUCUUUACUGACUUGAAACCAGCAGACAAGCAGUGGAGUGCUGAGCUUCUAGUCAUUCAUCAUAGUGGCAUUCUGCACAGCUAUCUGGUGGACCGAGACAGUGGCUUUAAAGCUAAUCAUCAUUUCCUUCUCUCAGAUGAAUAUCCUCACGGUGUAGCUGCUGCAGUUUAUGAUGCACAACAUAAGAUUUUAUUUGUUGGCGGAGAUGCCUUACCACAGAAGAGUGAGUGUUGUGUUCCAAGUAGAUGUGAGGGAGUGACAGCAUGGCGGGUCCUUUCAGACACCCCUCAUUACAAAUUGCUUUCAGAUCUGGAUGGAGAACAAAACCAGCAUUUGAAGAAGAAAUCCUGGCUGAAGAGACUGUGGCCAUCUUCCAUGUUUUCAUGGUCUUCUUCUGAUGUGGAUGGAGUUGCACAUCUGUGUCUCUCUUCAGACAGCUCUGUUCUUGUGGGCUUACAUCAUUCAGGAUGUCUUACUAUAUGGGAUUGUCCCUCCCUUCGUCUACGUCAUCGGAUUCCUCUUAAUGAACAGCCUGGUUAUGAUGAAGUUAAUGCAGCAUUGGCUGAGGAUCCAGCAAAAAGAAAGAAAUUGAAAGAUCUGGUACCUCACAGAAAGCUUGUGGACGUCAACUUCUGGUCAGACAAAGCAAUCAUUCUGGCAAGAUGUUCUGGUGCAGUGACUGUCUCAUCUCUCAGUACCCUUAGAAACCUCUUGGGCACCUCUCCUGAGUGGUUUGAGCCAUCUCCCCGCAUAACUGAAGCUCAUGACGGUGGCUUCCUUGGAUUAGAGUGUGAGCUGCGCUUUCCCAGACAUCGCAUACUUGGUGACGAGGAGGAUGACAGUGAUGAUGAAGAUGUAACAAUGGUUGCCAUGACUACAAGAGCAACCAAGCAGAUCCUAUACUAUCUCACAGAUAGUGAGAGGUUUCAGCCUCCAAAGAGAAAACCAAGAACUGUAACAAAGGUCUAUCGCAUGGUCUGGCUGAAGUCAACGACACCAGAAGAACUUUAUGCUCGCAAGAUUGAUGCAGAAGAGUAUGGAGAGGCCUUGGCACUGGCUCAGGCAUAUGGACUAGAUUGUGACCUGGUCUAUCAGCGACAGUGGCGACGCUCACCUGUUUCCAUUGCAUCCAUACAGGACUACCUUAGUAAAAUCAGCAAGAGGGCCUGGGUUCUGCACGAGUGUCAGGAGCGAGUGCCUGAUGGCAUUGAUGCCGCACGAGAGCUUCUCCAGUAUGGUCUGCGAGGGACAGACUUGCCAGCUUUGGCUGCCAUUCCAACUUCAGAAGAUGCUGGAAGGUUCAUGCUUUGUGACCCAGAUGAUGGCUUGUAUCAGGAUGCAGAUUUUGAUCCGUUCAAUCAAGCUGCCGUGGAAGAAUUUGAAAAUAAAAAGAGACAACUUCGGAAAGAGAGACUGGCACAGAUUACUUUUGACAACCUUACUCUGGAACAGAAGGAACUGAUUCGAGUGAGACAAAAGCUGCUGCAAUAUCUUGACAGACUGAAAACAUAUGAGCGGAUUCUUGGAGGAGGCAGUGUGGCAGCAGAGAGGUUCAAUGCAGAGUUCUACAAAGACUUUCGUUCACGUAAUAUUGUUGAGCUGGCUGUACAUUAUGCACAGAAUAGUGACUGGCAGGCUCUAGAAAUUCUUUUCACCUUCCAUCAUGAUGACCUCAUACCUCACAGGCUGGCAAUCUUGUCUAAUUUUCCAGAGACAACAUCCCCAGGGGAAUAUAAAAGUCUUCUGCCAGAACUUGGAAACGAUGGAGUGGAGUGUGGAUGGGAAGCCGAAAGCUGGCGAGAAGAGGACUGGUGUGAACUGCCAGUCUGCAGGUCUUCAAUUAACAUUUGCCAAGAUGAUUUGGGAUCGUUUUUGUAUGAGAAGUCUCCAGAACUUCUGAAAUACAGAACAUCUACGCUGGACAUGGCUCUGACUCAGGAAUGGUAUGAAGUUCGUGCAUGUCAGAUGGAGGAGAAAAGCCGUCUUGUGGACAAUGCCCUAGAACUCAUCAAGCUGGCUAUUCAACAUGGGUUUGAUGGUCUUGGGGAGCUACUUGAUGAUCUUAUCACCAUGGAAACACUGGUAUAUGAAUGUGGAGUGGGUGAGUGGCUGUCCAUCAGAGAGCUGCGGGAGAUGUCAGAGUACACACGGAUUGAGCUUAUGAUGGAAAAGAGCCCACUGGAGAUGUAUGCCAAGAACAUUCGGCGGUGGGUUGUACCUGUGCUGGAACGAUGUGAGCAGCGAGAAAGAGGGGCUUACCGCCGCCUGCUUCGAGAAUUUCUCCUGACACGAUCACGCACAGACCUGGUCAUUCCCCUGCAGAUCUUUCAGACUUCCAAGACUGGGGUGGCAAACCCAGUCAUCAAAAGCCCACAUGAUCUGAUGGAAUUUGCCUUGGAUGUCAUUUACACUACAGAGAGAGAUGAUCAGCUGGAGGUGGCAGUGGAAAUCUUCAAAUGUCUUCCACAAAAAGGACUGCAGCUUGAAAUGGGUGAUGUAGGUCAACUGGAAAAAGAUGUGGACAGACUUGAGCGACAUCUAAGAGCAGCAAAGAUCUUGCAAGACCAUGAAAUUCAGAAAACUGUGGCAUACAUCAAAAUGUCAGAGAAUGACGUGGAAGAGGCAAACAGCCUUAUUGUGAAAAUGACACGUCUAGCAGGGCGAAAGUCUCCUCCCUUGAGAGAAGUCCAGUGGUACAAAUUACACAGUGACAUCAUGGCUCUCCAGGAUAUAGUUUACCGCUGCCUUUCCCCAUCUUUAUGCCAUCAGAUAUUUGUGGAGAGCCUGCUUUGCUCAGGCAGCAAUGAAAACAUCAAGCUAGCAGGAGAGCUGAUGGAAAGACGCAAACACACUGGCUACCCACUGGGAGGCAAUGGUCAGAUCCAGCGGCUGGAUUAUGACACAGCUGUAUCACUGGUGUUGACCGCUGCUAAGGAGUACUUUAACUCUUCUGCUAAUCUGACACACAGCUGUAUGGAUCUAGCAAGAUCCUGCCUGAACUUAAUUCUAGACUCUCCACCACCCAUACAGGAAGAGAUGGAUUUAAUUACUUCUCUUGCAAUCCUCGAUGACUUCAGUGUUUCUAUUCUUCCUCUCCAAGUUCGCAUGUGUAAGAAUCGACUCGAUCUUGUUCAUAAAGCUGUGGCCAGUAAGCCUUCAAAUUACAAACAAUCACAGAAAUUACUGCGUCUGGCUCACUUGUUACGAGUGGAGGCUAGAGAUUCUGCAGAGUGCGACAGCAAGGUCUUGAUGUUACUCACACAGGCUGCUCUGGCAGCAGGAGACACAACAUUUGCUUAUCAGUGCUGCCAACAACUAAUGACCGCCAAUUAUCCCCCUGCCUGGACUGUUUGUGUGGAUUUAGCAGAGCAGGAGUCUUUCAAGGAUGUUCAGGCAAAGAUCAGUCUUCUGUCAUUUGCGGUCACUUUCUGCACUCCUCAGAUGAUAGAACCUAUCCUUUUAGCACGCUCUUUGCUUCAAAGACAGCUUCAACUUGAAAAUGUCAGCAAGGUCCUAACACAGGAGGUGGAAAACCAGCAAACAGGCAUGCAUGACAGUGGUGAGGAAAUAACACACAAGGGGAGAGAAGGCAGCCCUUUCUCAGCCAGAGCUGCACUGCGGCAAACACAGGAAAUCCUUUCCUCAACCCAGCGCAAGACGAAAGCAGUCCUGUCAUCUGUGACUGACACAGCAUGGUGGAAAGAGGCAGUCAAUGCCCUAAAACUGCCAACAUAUCACAAAACCCCUAAAAAAGGAGACUGUGAUUAUGGAAAUUCAGGUUUCAACAAACAAGGGUGCCACCCUUUUUAUGAAACUGUGGUGGAUAACUGCCACCUGGAUACGAGUACAGUUGAUUAUGGUGUCUUUGAAACCAAGAAGAGCUGGGAGAAGAUAGAUUCUGUGGACAUUGGUACCAGCGUCCUGCGUGCUGCAAGACUGGAGGAGAUGCUAACUGAGGGAGAAAAAAAUGAACCAGCUGAAGAAGCUCUGCUUGGGUUGGCACAAAAAUGGUUGCCGUGUGACACCUCCCUUGGUCUUGCUUACCUGCUAUCGUUGCCUAAGGCAGAAGCAGCUGAUCGCUGUUUUAGCAUCCUUCCCAAUACAGGACUGGUUCUGGAAAUAGCCCAGUACUAUUACUCUCUGCAAAUCUACGCUCUUCUCAAGCCAUGUAUCCAGUCUCAACCUGCCAGUCUCUACCUCCGGCCUCCAUCUCGCAUUGCUCACCUUGUCCUCCAUCAUCUUUCAUCCCACCCUGAUAAGAAGUGGCCACCAAAGGUUGCAAGCCUUCUGCCCCUCCUUGAAACCUGCCACACCCGGCUCAAGGACUGGCAUCAAGGGCAGUCACUGCAGCGGCUGGCACCUGGCAUUGAUGUGAACAGAUUUGCCAGCGACAAGGACUACCAGCGGGAGACUAUUCUAGGGCUGGCUAUGAGCUGUGAACAAGAAAUGAUAGAUAUGGCCAUGUCCCUUGCUGAACGUUAUCAGAUGCCUCUGUGGGAUAUAUACAUGGUUCACCUGGAAUUUCUUUUUACUGAUAGUGGGCUGUCAACAGAAGAACUGCGACAGAGAGCUACUUCCCUAAACAUCUUGGACACACUGAAGCAGCAACCUAAGGAAUUUUGCAGUCGUCUGUACAGUCAAGUGUACCCAGGAAUUGUGGGCAGUGAUCACUCACGUCUUCUCUACCUCUUCAGCCUUUUGGAGGGCAUAGACGCUGAACAUCCGCUGUGUGGGAUAUCAGCAGCUGAACACAUCAAGCUGCUGAAAAAGCUUAAAACAUUUGCUUCAGAUAUUGAUUAUGUGCGGCUGAUGGAUGAUAAGACGCCACCCAAGGACUGCCUAGCCCCCUACCUCAAUAGCAGCAAUAUUAACAAUGUCAUCAAACUUGCAGCAAGAAUCCCAGACAAGAAAGGAGGAUUUCUUCAUCCCAGUGCACUGUACUGUGGCUGGGCCAUACGUGUAUUUUGGGAAGGUGACAAACCUGCAAAGAGUGCCCCACAAAAUUCAGCAGCCUGGGUUCACAGAUACGAGCAGUGUGGGGAGUAUCUUCAGAAACUUCUUCCAGAUGAUUUCUAUACUUUCACUGUGGCCAUUGUUUGCAGCAGAGACAGCUGCCUAAAGCUUGAGGUGUCCUGUCGACAAGAGAUAUUGAGGCGAGCCAUCAAGUUUUGUAGUCAGCAGAGAGGAAGAAGGAAAAAGGACAAUGUUCCAGGGGUAGAUAGCGAAUGGGAAACAGUGGAAGCCCAGCUGUCACCACUACAAGCACAUCUGCAAUCCCUGGACACUGACACACUGCGUUCUUUCCUACAAGCAGAAGACCCAAAGUUUCGACAGUAUGCACUCCUGUAUGACAUGUCAUGUGGUGACCCUCAAAAGGUAGUUGAGCUGCUGGAGACAAUGGUGAUAGACGGACAGCCUCUAGAGUUGUUGGAAGACUUGCUGCAGGUUGCACCACCGGCUGGUUUCACUGUAGCAGACAUUUUAGAACAGGCACUCAAGAGAAUUGUGUCUGCUUUGAGAGGUUGUGAAGACAGUGGAGAACGGAAAAUAUACGACCCACUGCAGCGGCUGGAGGAAAUGCUGCAGAAUGUGCAGGGACACAUUGAAAAUGAGGGUCAGCUUACUUCACGUCAACAAGUUGUAGAUGCCCUCCACCCCUUUGUGACAGACUCCACACUGGCCAUGAAACAGCGUCUGCCUGUUUUAGAAAUUCUAGAGAAGACUGUAGGUUUAGGCCGAGAACACAUGGGCAUUCUCCUGUGGUGUAAAACCUUACGGUUGGUGGAGCCAGCUUGGCCAGACAUGGAGUUAUUUGAAGAUGGAGUUGAAACAGAAGAUGGCCGCAAGGCUGUGUUUGAGAAGCUGCUUGCUGCUAGUAGCCUGGCUUCCCACUUCCAGACUAUCUGUCAUAUUCUGGAACUUUGGCCGCCUUUUGAAGAAUCAUCUGGUGAGGAAAACCCCUGGAAAAAGACUCUGCUGACAAUGGCAGCUUCCUCCAACCUCGCUACAGUGACACUCAUUGAUACAGUGUUGAAAGAUCUGGGGCCAGCCAGCUUUCCACUCAAUAUCCAGGAUACCAAACUUUUGUUUGAUGUUCUCCUGCGCUGUCGCUACACACUUGAGGGAGUCAAGGUGAUUCUGAGGUCAGGCCACAAGAAACUGUACCCUUCAGCAGUACUGGUGUUGUCAGCAGAGGAAGAGGUGGAUGGCGAUGGUGACUUGGUUGAUCUGGUGCUACGGUGCUGCUUGACACCUCAGCUAGCAGGCACACCUAUCUAUGCAUCAGUUACUCAGGAGGUACUCCGAACCCAUGAGACGCAAGGGGCCACAGCCCUGCCCCACAAACAGCUGGAAACAGUGCUGGGACAGUUGCAGGAGGCUGGACUACAGAGUGAGGCAAAAUCAUUGAUGCAACAAGCCCAGAAGUCUCGCCCACUCCUCCGCUCCAUGGGCUCAGCUUUUGGCGCCAUGGGCAGCUGGUUCAAAUCCUGAUCUUGCGCAACUGCAGGUUGGGGGAAGAAGCAUUGGGGGUGAGGUGGUGGUGGUGGCGGCUGUGAUUCAGUUAUAAUUUUGCUCAAACACUUAGCUUGUAGUAUUGGUGCUGGUAGACUACUUAGUGGUGAGAUAGAGGCCGGAAAACAGAAAGCAUAGAAGAAUGGAUAAGGAUGGAGAAAGAUAGCUGGGUGGCAAGUCUUGUAAGGAUAAGUUUUCUGCAAAGGGGAUUAACUAUUAUAAAAAUUGUUGAAGAGAGUGAAUCUCUUUCAAAGAUGAAAAAAAUAUUUCUGUAAGUGACAUGGUUACUCUCAUUUAGAAAAAAGUUGUCAUUCUUUUUAGCAUAUUAAAAUAGUUGUUCUUUUCCUACAGUUCUUUGCAUGCAUUUUCAAGAAUAUCCUUGCUGAGCUUACAACAAACUCACUCAUUGUGAAAACGUAUUUAUGAAGAUCUGCCGACUGAUUGUAGAUAAGUCCACAUGAUUAAUUGUGAAAAGUCCUCAUGAUUGUAGAUAAGUCUACAUGCGGUAAAGGACACUUGUUUUCCUUUUUUUUUUAUUUUAUUUUUUUUGUUUGUUAAGCUUUUAUAAGUAAGGUCAGGUGAUAACUAGUCUUAGAAAACAUGUGUGGAGCACUGUUUUAUGCUCACUUUUUCUAAUUUUUAACUUAAUAGUUUGGUGUUAGAUGUCUACAGUUUUACCUUAAACUGCAUUUGCAAUGCAUGAUGCAUUCGAUAAUAAUAUUAGUCUGAUUCAAUGCUCACGUUUGACGUUAUGAAAUAUUUGAAUACUUAUUAGGAAAUUAUGUACUAUGAUUAUCAAAAUAUUUACUUAAUACAAAUCACUUUUGAAUGACUAGUGUCAUCUCUGAACAGCUGAGUAAGGUGAGAAGGAGGUUGUUCUGCUACAUUUGUUAAACAAUGGGUACUCCAUUUGCUUUUCUGUCUAUUCCUCGCUGUAGUGAUACCCGUCUGAUAUUCAGAUGCAACUCAUGCAAGUGAUAGAAAAAGACUCAGAUUUUUCACUCGACAAUGAGAAACAGCAUCCUUCAGAAGUGAUCAGUUUCAGUCUGGAAAGAUUCUGUGAUAAUCAGCAAGAAUGUUUGGUUAUUUUCAACCUUUGUUGUGAUGGCUGGCAAGUUGUUUGAAUGAAUUGUUUCCAUCCAAUAAAAUGACAAACUGCUAUUAAUCCUUAUCAGAAGCUGAUGUACUUAGCAAGGUGAUUUUUCAUCUGAAGAAGAAAAUACUUUGUCUAUGAAAUAGAGGUAAUUGUUUAAAAAUAAAAACUUGUAACAUGAAUUUACAUUUACAUUUACUCAUAUUUACACAAACUACUGCAUCUUGUUAGAGAUGUGCUCACUUAGUUUUGAAAUUUAUCUGAUAUGCAAGUGCUUGCAUCAAGGGUCAACAUUUUUUUAAAGAAUUGUUUCUUACAACCAUUCUCCUUUGAAAGGAGUCAACAAUGCAGAAAAAGUUUUUAGCGAGAACUUGUGCCUCAUCAAACAUGCUGCUGUCGCAUUGACACUGUAAUUUGGUGAUAGUCCAAAUAUCAUAACCUUUUCUAGUUUUCCAUUUUCAUGUCUUUGUUGGUUUAUUCUGACAAAUUUAAAAUCAUUCUGUGGCUUGUUUCUGAGAUCAGUGCUGGCAAUGUUUUUUUCUAAUUCUAGUAGGCUGUCACAUUGUCUCUUAGUGACGUCACAUGACAAUGCAACAAGCGGCUUGGUGCAUUGCUUGCUUCAGAGCUGCAUUCUAAGUUGUGAAUACAAGUAAAUGAGUCUCCUGUAACCCCACUGAAAUGAUUACUGAAUGUGUACUGAAAUGAUUCAAAUUGUGAGGAUCCAUCAUUUCAGCCCAGUUUAUGCUUAACUUGCCCUUUAAGCAACCUUUUUCCCUUCUCCAAACAAGUCCGUAGAAAGCGUGGAUCUCAAAGUAGGUAACAGAUUUAUAAAAAGAAAAAAGACAAUGAACUGCAAACAGGGUCUUUGAGUGAGCGAGUGUGCUGGUCAUUUACUAAUAUUAUGAUAUACAAUAUUGUUACAGAUGCUUUACGGACUGUUGGUUCUUUGAGUUUUGUUGCAUGAAAAAAUACAGCAAAAGCAAAG